GGACCAGUUCUACAAAGAAGCCAUUGAGCACUGUCGCAGCUACAACUCUCGGCUCUGUGCCGAGCGAAGCGUCCGCCUUCCCUUCCUGGAUUCUCAAACUGGGGUAGCUCAGAACAACUGCUACAUCUGGAUGGAGAAGAGGCACAGGGGACCAGGCCUGGCCCCAGGUCAGCUGUACACAUACCCAGCACGUUGCUGGCGCAAAAAGAGGCGUUUGCAUCCCCCUGAGGAUUCCAGGCUGAAGCUGCUGGAAAUUAAACCUGAAGUUGAUCUGCCUCUGAAAAAAGAUGGGUUCACCUCAGAAAGUACAACUCUGGAAGCCUUGCUGCGUGGAGAGGGAAUAGAGAAAAAAACAGACACUAAAGAGGAAGACACUAUACAAGAAAUCCAGAGGGUUUUAGAAAAUGAUGAAAAUGCAGAUGAAGUGAAUGAGGAAGAAGACUUGGAAGAAGAUAUUCCAAAACGAAAGAACAGGCCUAGAGGACGGCCAAAGACCCCCACCUGGAAAAAAAUUUUCCAGAAAAAUGCUCGGGGAUCUGGAGGUGGCAGGAGACGGAAUGAUGCUGCCUCCCAGGAUGAUCAUGACAAGCCCUAUGUUUGUGACAAUAGUUACAAACAAAAGCAUAACUCAAAAAUCUCCGAUAAAGUCUGUGGCAAGCGUUACAAGAACAGGCCUGGGCUGAGCUACCACUAUGCUCACACCCACCUUGCCAGCGAAGAGGGUGAUGAAGCCCGCGAGCAGGAGACCCGCUCUUCCCCUGUCCACCGAAAUGAGAACCACAAACCCCAGAAAGGACCAGAUGGGGUCAUCAUUCCCAAUAACUACUGUGACUUCUGCCUCGGAGGCUCCAAUAUGAACAAAAAAAGUGGCCGGCCUGAGGAACUUGUAUCAUGCUCAGACUGUGGGCGCUCUGGACACCCGACCUGCCUGCAAUUCACCACAAACAUGACUGAGGCUGUUAAAACCUAUCAGUGGCAAUGCAUUGAGUGCAAAUCCUGCAGCCUUUGUGGGACCUCAGAGAACGAUGACCAGCUGCUCUUCUGUGAUGACUGUGACCGUGGCUAUCACAUGUAUUGCUUGAAUCCACCAGUCUUUGAGCCCCCAGAAGGGAGCUGGAGUUGUCACUUGUGCCAGGAACUGCUCAGAGAGAGAGCAUCAGCUUUUGGCUACCAGGCCUGAGGAGCUCCAGCAGUCAAGAAACACCUUGCUCCUGGUGUUGCCAUACCAGCACACAAUUCCCAUCCAGAACACAGACACAAUCCACAUCCAAACGAACGGACACUCAAAUACAGGAAGAGGUAUCUGUGGUACUCACUGUCA